AAACUCUUAGAAAGAUUGCUGUCUACUGACAAAAAUUCACGAUUAUCAUCCCGUUUUCAAAGUUUUAACAAACACCGACGGAAACGUAGCGUAACGGAAAAUGUGUCUCGUCAACUUCAGUCUCUAUUGGACCAACAGUAUUCCCAGCAGGCUCAGGAAUUGAUGAGCCAACUUAAUGUAUGGAAUUUUGAUAUUUUCAAUUUAGAUGUAUUAACAGGGGGGAGGUCUCUAACUCAUGUCGCCAUCCAUUUAUUUAAGAAGUAUAACCUUAUCUCCACAUUCAAAUUGGACUUCAUCAAACUCAUGCAAACAUUCACUCUGAUUGAGAAUGGUUACCAUGGAAGCAAUCCCUACCACAAUGCGGUGCACGCGGCGGACGUUACCCAGGCGAUGCACUGCUAUUUACAGGAAGUGCAGUUGAGAGGCUGGAUUCCCAGUUUUGAAAUAAUGACCUCUCUGCUGGCAGCCAUGACUCAUGACCUUGACCACCCAGGGGUCAACCAAGCAUUUCUGAUUGCUACAGCCAAUCACCUAGCAGAUCUGUAUCAGAAUACCUCCGUCCUGGAGAACCAUCAUUGGCGCUGUGCUGUGGGGGUGUUUUACGAGUCCGGUGUGUUCAGCCAUCUUGACCAGGACUCAUGGAACCAGAUAAUUUGGCAACUUCGAUCUUUGAUAUUAGCCACAGAUAUUACUCGACAACAGGAAUUUCUUAGCCGGUUUAAGAAAUACCUGGAUGAAGAUAACUUAGAUUAUAAAAAUGAUUUGCCGGAUCGAAUCUUUUUAUUACAAAUAGCAUUAAAGUGUGCUGAUAUAAGUAAUCCAUGCCGAGAGUGGAGCCUAAGUAAACAGUGGAGUGGUCGUGUGUGUGAUGAAUUCUUUAGACAGGGUGACUAUGAAAGAGAACUAGAACUUCCUGUAACUCCUAUGUGUAACCGAGUAACCAUGACAACAGCCAGGAUACAAGCUGGAUUUAUGGAGUACGUAGUGAACCCUUUGUUUUAUGCCUGGAGACAGUUUCUUCCCUCUAAACUUAGUGAUGUGAUGCUAGACAAUGUCGCUCAGAAUCUGAAAAAUUGGCGGGAAGUGAUCAAAGAAGAGGAGGAGGUCAGUAAACCUGCGGAGUCGGACGAGGAGGUGUUAAACGAAGAAAAAACAGACACUGUGGAGGAAGGGAGACUUCCUCUCAACUACAUCCACAUCACGGACGAAGACAGUAACUCCCUGGACAGUCGGCGCGGGAGUUGUAGGAGUCUGUCUCCCGUCCAUGAAAUCUUAGAAAAUGGCUGGGAUCCUGAGCAGCGAAGGCACAGCAUGCCUCCUGCUUAUGUCAAAAGGGAGAUAACCUGUGUGACUAUUCGUAGAGAAAGUGUUCCCAUAUCUCAAUUUCUAAGGAGGAGGAGUUUACCCACAGCCAUGCUUGUGCAAACGUCCUCUCUUGAGAAAUUAUCUGGCAAGUUAUCAGCACUUGCCCAACGUCACAAUAUGUCAAAUAAAAGCAUAUCUAUGGAGGAGUUGAUGUCUCGACCUAAAAUCUCUAAUCUCACAACCAGUUACGAGACGAGUUUACUGGCCAGUGGGCUCUCCGUUGUCACGGACCCAUUGUACUCAAAAUCUCAUCUAGCAGACUCAGUGUACUCAAACUCUCACAGCAGCAUUGUGCGAUUUCUGAGUGUCCCUCGGACCUGCCCCGACCCACCUCAUGACCCUAGUCACCCUACAGACUCAAACACAUUCCCAUGGCCAAGCAAUAAGUGUGCUCAAAACUGUGAUCAGCAAAACAAACAUAUUAACGACUCGGACUGUAUAGGAAAAGUUAACUGCAUUAAUGACCCAGAUUGUAUAGGGAGUCUCAACUUAGCUGGAAAUUCCUCUGUCUUACCCUAAACCCACUAGUCUUUCAUUAGUAUAAACUGUAUUUGUAAGAAAAUUUUAAAGGGGUAAUUAUUUACAUUUUAACAAGUACUAUGAAAUUUAUAUAUAUUUAUAUCUACAUUAAAUAAAUUGUUGUCAUAGUUUUAAA